AUGUCAAGCCUUAUAGCCGCCAUCGCCAAUUACAUGAAAUACGAUGUGUAUGAUCUGGAGCUCACGCGGAUCAAGGACAACGUGGAGCUCCGUGCGCUUCUCAUCCAAACCAAAGAAAAAUUUGUGAUUAUCAUUGAGGACAUCGAUUGUUCGCUGCAUCUAACUGAUAGGAUUUCGAGGCCUUCUCACGCUGAUGAAGACAAGGAGAAGAGAAGCAGCAAAGUCAUUCUGUCUGGUUUGCUCAAUUUCACAGACGAGUUGUGGUCCUACUGCGGAGAGGAGCGUAUUAUUAUGUUUACGACCAACCACAAGGAUACUCUUGAUCCAGCCCUGCUCAGGUGUGGGAGGAUGGGCAUGCACAUUCUGCUCUCUUUCUGCACUUUUCCUGCAUUUAAAUCUCUUGCUUUCAAUUAUUUGGAGAUAGAAGAUCACCGGCUCUUCUCCGUCGUGGAAGAGAAGAUGGGAUGCGGGGUUGAGAUGACUACUGUAGAAAUUAUAGAAGUUCUGAUGAAUAAAAUGGAUGACCCAGAUGAAGCUUUGCGUGAUGUGAUUUCUGCACUGGGUGGAAAGAAAAAAGUAAGGAAUGCUCCCCUUACAUCUUGA